UGAAGACGUCUUAUUUCGAGGUGUGCUGAAUUAGAGGCGCUUCUUGAAUAAGGUUGUGCUGAAACAAAGUAAACGAUCUUCGGGAUUCAACGUAUUGUUUUGUAAUGAUAUUAGAUCCUGAAGGGGAGCGAGACACCAGUAAGAGACCAGUCAGGGAGGAGGGCAGAGGUGUGGAGGGGACACUGAACCAGCAAGAGAAAGAGUUGCAGCUGGCCAGUCAAGGCAGGAAGAAGAAAGUGAGAGAGCAUUGCAUGGUGUUAGUGGAGAAGCUCAUGGAUGAACGAUGGGCUGUUGUAGCUGGGAACUGUAUCUAUGGGACAGCUGUAAAGAGCUGUGAGUCAGUCAGUGCUAUCCCAAAUAGGGGCCUACAUCUUCACUAUGACUCACCACUGGGUCCCGCUUCUCGGAACCAGUAACCACAGAUAGGAACCUGAUUCAAUAUGAAACUCUGGUUGACUUUUGCCUACAGUGCAGCAUACACCACCGAAACAAAAUAGUCUCUGUAUUUGGUGAUUCAGACUGGGAUAUUGUAUUUAACAUAUGUUUUCAUUUUCUACUCUCAUUUGAUGUAAAUGCAAUAAAAAAAUAUCAAACCUCUACACUAUCUGUCCAUAACCCUGUGCAAAUUGAACCUGUAUGAAUGAACCUGUAUACAAAAACCAAUAUUUUCCCUUUCAGAAUUUGGACUGUUGCCAAAAAUGAUAUUUUGACAAUAUUUAUAGUACAAUCAAAUUAUGAUACGGUAUCAGCCGUUUUGGGAAUUUCAGCUUCCUAUACUUUUGUUAUGUUAGUAAGUGUUAGUUUGAUCAGUUUAAAGUGUCAUAUACACUUCUCAUCCUGACGAGUGCAGUGAAUUUGAGGACAUUUAUUGGUGAGCACUGGGGUUAAUUUCUGCUUGCCUCUACUGUUUCAUUUCUCAUUUGGUAUCCACCGCAUGUUGUGACUUUUCUACUCGUUAGUGUUUGCUUACACAAAGCUUAAACAGAGUUCAUAAUAAUCAAUUCCUGAAAUAUGCCUCUGAAAACAACUCUAUGCUACACCAAUAGCACUACUGAUAAUUGCAAACAAAAUGUUCUUACUUCACUUUUUUUUGCAUGGAACAGAUUCUAAUCAUGUGAACUACUUCCUACGCUACUCAGUCUUUGUCAUUUCUAAAUUACAUUCAUCCCAUUCACUUUCAUGUCAGUGGAAAAUAUAUGUGUAACAAAGGGCUUGUGAGUAAAGGCUUUGUGGGGGAAAGAGGCCUUUCAUACUGUGUAAAAAAAACUAUUCAUACCUUCAUAUUUGUUAUUACCAGGUCUAGACCAUAUGUCUGUUGGUUUCCCUUUUGUACAGGAUGUAUGGUUACUUAUUGAAAGGGGUGGUAAAAGCCAACUCAAAUUCUAGUUGUCCAAGAAAGGACAAGUAGUCUGAGAACAGACUUUGUUGCAAUCAACAACAUAAAAAUUAUUUCCUAUUUUAAGAUUGGUUUAUUUGCUCAUUGCAGUUCUGUUUUGAAUAAUUACAUGCAAAGUAAUAGUAUGCAUUCCUGGAAUUGGAUUUGCAUUUCUAUAAUUUCUCUCCCUCUUUUGUCGUUCUGGUGGUCUCUACUGCAGCGAUGGAGAUUUCUGACUCGGCCAGUGACUGUGAGGAGAGUCCCAGUUCUAGCCCAAUGGAGCCAGAGGAGAGGUCCUUCACAGCAGGUUUGCACUGUUUCAUGAAGGACCGUGGCACACCCAUCGAGAGGAUACCACACCUGGGAUUUAAGCAGAUUAACCUGUGGAAAAUCUACAAAGCUGUCGAGAAGCUUAGUGGUUACGACUCAGUGACAUCGCGGCGGCUGUGGAAGAAUGUGUAUGAUGAGCUGGGCGGCAGCCCAGGCAGCACCAGCGCUGCUACCUGCACCCGCAGACACUAUGAGAGGCUUGUUUUACCCUUUGAGAGACAGUUGAGGGGGGAGGAGGACAAACCUCUGCCUCCAAGCAAACCGCGCAAACAGUAUAAGAGGAGUCCAGACGGCAAGGGGAGCAGGUCUGAGGGCAAGAGGAAGAGGCCCCAUCUGGAAAAGGAGACAGACUCUGAGGGCCAGGUACAUUCUACUCCAUUGUCUCCAUGGACUACUCCAUCUGAAAGCCUCCACCCAGACCAUCCUCCACCAAUCAGUGAGACUACCGUGUGUGACGACCUCUCUUCCUCAGCAUGCACCCUAUCCGGCCCAGCCCAGGGCCCUACCUCAUGCCCCUGGAGAGGAAGUCAGCUCCAGUCUGCUGCUGCAGAUAUCAUCUCUCCUCUGGAGAAGAAGAAGCGUAUGGCCCAGGCCAGCCUGAGCGAGUCCCAGGACUCACAGAGCGCCAGACAGGGGGACUGUAAGGGUAGGCCCUCUGUGAUCCACUGCUCCCAGUCCCCAGGGCUGUUCCUUCCCAGCCGGACACGCACUACCUCUGAGGGCUCUCCUCUCCCUCUGUCCUCCUCCUCCUCCCGUAGCCCGUCCCCCUACUCCAUCUCUUCUGAGGACUGUCCAGCACUAACUGAAGACAGGCCCCCAGUACCAAAACCAGAAGUACCCCUUCAUUUUUCCAGCAACCCUGUAUCUGCCCACAGUGGGGUCCACAAGCCUCAGACCUGCAGCCCUGAUGUCAAGGAAUAUGUUGGCUUCCCUGGAGGACAAAGAGAUUUCCCUCAGGUCAGCCCCCUACCAGUUGAAACUGUCUCUAUCAAAGGUCGAAGUAAAAACUCUGUAUGGAGCCCUGUCUGCAAUGGGAGUAACAGACAUCCAGCUCACCAAAUACCCCCACCAACGUCUUGCACAUAUACUGUGAGGUCUUGCUUGGUUCCAUCAACCUCUAGUUUCACCAAGGUUUAUCCCAAGUCUAUGGAGUCUUUGCAGCCUAUACCCUUUCAGCCAGGUUACACAUUCCAUCAGAACCCAAAUAGGCCCAUGUUGCAUGAUGACCGUCUGAUCUAUAAGAAGAAACUACAGAUGGUCCCUCGACAUUAUCAGACGGAGAAGAAGCAGAAGUCCAGGACAAUGUUGCACAAGCCACUUCCAACUCAACAGCCUGUGUUCCAUCCUAAUGCCAGCAUCCCAGUGUCCUACCUCAUCCCAGCCUAUGACAGGACAAGGGGAGACUCUGGGCAGAAGCCACCUGUACACCCUCUCUUUAUACCUACCCACGUCAGACUGUCACAGUCCCAGACCAGCCCUAUGUACCACCAUGUCCCAACGGGACACACACAUACUUCCUCUUAUGAGCCUGCUCUCUACUCCUAUCCCUUUCACAUUCCUAUGUGUAAUCCCCAUACUGGAUACAGCAUCACUGGUGUGCAUUAUCCUCACACCAGGCUUUGAUAGCCCCACUCUCAGACUCAAGGCCUAUUGACAAUGUGACAAGUCAAACAGAGAUAAUGACAGUACCUGCUUCGUUCUAGACAUUUUCAAAACUUGCCUCGAACACUGCUGCAUUCUAUGUGAGUGAUCAACAGGGAAACAUUGUUGUGAUUGUUAUGCUGAGACGUGCUCCCCUCCAUGGCAACUGACAGAAUUGCACUGAUAAAAAGGACUAUACUUUCUGUAUUUGUAACAAUAACUUUGAGGUUUACUGCUAUGCACAUGUGCUUUUACAGUAUGAUCCAAUCAUUUUACAUUGAUAUAAUAUAUGAAACAACACAGAUUUAUUUUUCUAUUUCUGAAUAAAAUCUAAAACUAUUCCUGUCUCAUCCUAGCCUGUAUUCUUUGGUAAGUAACCAUGGUAUUUUUUUCUACAAUAUUUGAAUGACAUUGGAGCCAAAUUAAACUUCAAAUUAACAUGCUCCGUGAUAAAUGUUUGAGAAAUGGGACAUAGCACUUGAUCCAUGGAAAAUAAACUACUGUUCAUUAAAUUAAAUAUUUCAUAAAUGUCCCUAGCACAGGGCAAUGCCAGAGCUGAAAUAAACA